AUUUUUAACAAGUGAUUUAAUAAAGCAAAUAAAAAGAAAAGUGGAAAUCGAACCCAGCACAUCGCCGUUGAGGUCAAUCGUCGAAGGACAAAGGUAUAACCUAAUGUUGGCGGCUCUCCGAUCUCGCUGCUCUUCUCUCCCCUCCCUCCUCAAAUCACCACCGUCACCGUCGCUUCCAGAUCAGUCAUGGAAGCUACUAGGUCUUUCCGCUUCGAAUCCUCCCUCCUUCUCUUCUUCUUCCGCCGGCGCCGCCCGUGAUAUCUCAGAGGUCCUCUCCGUCGCCGAAGUGGAGAAGAUACUCUCCGACGUGAAAGCAGACAACGUGAUUGUGAUUCCAACGGAGAACCAGUCUUGCUGGGCCGAUGUCACGAUCAUCGCCACCGGAAGAUCCGAUUGGCACUUGAAGAACAUCGCUCAGGCCCUCGUCUACAGGGCUAAGCAGAAGCAGAGAGGAGAGAAACAUGUGAUGCUUCCUUGUGUACAAGGCUACGACACCAAGUGGAUUGUCAUUGACUACGGGAAGUUUGUAGUACAUGCGCUUGAUGAGAAGGCCAGGGUUUACUUCAAUUUGGAGAGUCUUUGGACUGGUGAACCGGCGUCAGCUAAUGAUAAUUCAGACAAGGAUUUGCAAAACGCUUUUGUAAAGGUCCGACCAAUUAACAACUCCAAAAAGAAGAAACCGGUUCAAGUGAGUUCUUGAUCCAGAAAGCCCACUGUUCGAUUGACAAACAGUUUGUAAUAAACAUAUUCCCCAUUAAGGAUAUUAUCCUCGAUGGGUUUGAGGAUGGGAUUUUUUUUUUCUUCUAAAUUUUAUAAAAUAUUUGAUGGAGAAUACAUGGUGUGUGAUUCAAAAACCGGUGGAGUGGAAAUUAGAGCACAAGAUAUGUAACAA